AUAAAAUUGUCCGCAGAAUCAUUGACAGCAACAGAAAACACUAGACUUUCAAACUGUAACAACCAUCAACAGAAACAAACUACAAAAUGCGUGUAUUUUUGGUUCUGUGCUCCGUCAUCUCUGCGACAUACGCAGCCAGCCUCGGCUACAACUAUAGUCCAGCGCUUGGUGGUGGAUUAAGCUCUGGCCAAAUUAGCGGUCCCAGCUACGGUGGUCAAGCUCUGGUUGGCCCCAGCUAUGGUGGUCAAGCUCUAGGCGGUCCGAGCUAUGGUGGUGCCAGUUACGGUGGCCCCAGUUAUGGCGGACAAGCACUAGGUGGUCCCAGCUUUGGCGGCUUUGCUCCUGCUGCCCCAAGCUACAGUGCUCCUGCUCCCGCUCCCGUUGAGGUUAACAAGGAAUUCUACACCUACACAGCACCCGAGCAUGAAUUCAGUGAUAUCGGUAAUGCCGGUGACAUCGCUAACGCCUUGAAGAAAAACUUGCGUGUUAUCUUCAUUAAGGGACCUGAAAACUCUGGACUCGAGAAUGCUGCCCUACAAUUGGCCAAAUUGGCUGGAGAAGAACGCACCGCCAUCUACGUACUCAACAAACAAGCUGACAUCGGCGAUUUGGCUAACAAACUCAACUCGCUCAACAAUCAACACUCCCAUAAACCCGAAGUACACUUCGUCAAGUACCGUACCCCAGCCGAUGCUGAGAAUGCCAAGCAAGCUAUUCAAUCGCAAUACGAUGGUUUGGGUGGUAUUACUAGCCGUUACAAUGGCGGUGUAGCGCCAGUGUUGGACUUCGCCUCAAAGGCACCCGCACCAGUCGGUAGCAUAGAGAACACCUACUUGCCACCAAACUAAGUGGUGUAAUACUCGUGAUGGUUGAAUGUUAUUUAGUUCUUAAAGUUCCUGCUUAUUUGUUGUUAAAUCUAACCAAAAAUACAUAAAUAAAUGUUAAGUUUAAUAAUAA